AUGGCUACCUACUACGCAGCUCCCCGCGAAAAGCGUUAUCACAAAUAUAAGAAGGUUCUUUACUUAGAACCUCCCACCAACGGUAGCAAGACCGUUCGCACCCGCGUUACCACAAUCGUCCCUCCCCCUGAGCCCGAACCCGAGUUUGUGCACUGUCCAUCACCCGCCCCAGCGCUCCCAGAGCCCAGGUAUACGCCGCCACCACCGGUAGUCGUCGAACCUCUACCGCCGCCACCUCCUCCGCCCGCAUCUGUACACUACUCUCCUCCGCCCGCAUCUGUACACUACUCUCCUCCACCCGCAUCUGUACACUACUAUCCUCAGCCCGAGCCCGAGCCCGAGCCUGUACGUGAACCGUCACCGGACGUCGGGAUUGAGGUCAUCGCGGUAGACGUAGACCCAGACCAGUCCAGCAGAUCCGGCAGGUCCAGGUCUUCGAGGAGCUCCAAGAGCUCGUCGCGAAGCUCCAAGUCGUCGUCGCGCAGCAGCACCAGCGGCCACAGCAGACAUGGUCGAGAGCGCGAGGUCUACAUCGAACGGGAACGCAUGGUGCCCGUCCGCGUACCCGUGCCUUAUCACGUACACCACGUCGAGUACGAGCAGCCCCAGCAAGACUCGUUCCGUUACAUAGAAGCUCCCAGGCGGUAUGAGCCCCCGCGACGACGGAGUCCAGAUCACGAGAUCGUCAUCGAAGAUCAUCGUCACCGGAAAUACAUCCGCGACGGCUGA